AUGCUUGGCUCUAAUAUCUUAUUGUUUUUUCUCCUCAACCUGAUUAGACUUCAUUUUCCAAGCCAGAAGGUGGCUUCUUCUGGGCCGUAUAUCAAGACCAUUCAGACCGUUGGGUCUCGAAUUUUUGUUUCUGAGGCUAAUGAGCUAAUGCCUAGACUGCCCAUUCUGAAUAAUUUUACGAGUGGCUACCCUGUCAACGAAGCAAAAGUUCCACAGAGCUUAUCGGCGCGGCGUCAGGAAGAUGAAAGUAGACCAGAAUCUGUCCAUUUUAAUUCAUCUUUUCUUCACACUCCUAAACGUCUAAAGCUCCAAGGUUCUUGGAAUGUUCCGCUAGAAUCUUUCCGGUUUCCUAAUAACCAUCUUCCAGAGACUCUACAACAAGCUAAAAUUAAAUCGAGGGCACGCAAUGCUCCUACGACUAUACGAGUGCCUUCGCAUAAUGACCCAAAUGGAGCUUAUUAUAAAUUUAAGCAGCCUAAUACCCUAGACAAGUCAACUCAAACUGCUGACAUAAGACUUUUUGAUGACGCAUUUUCCAAACUAGAAAAAUCUUUGGUAAGUGCUCGAUUGGGGCCAUUGCUGCCGGCGCUUAAUUUCUUGUAA